AUGGGCAGCUCGAUGACCAUGACCAUGACCAGCAUGGGUGACAUGCCCAUGUCAACCGCUACAGGAACCGCAUCAGCGGCAGCAGCCACAUCCACCGCGAUGAGCUCAAUGAGCAUGGGCGGCACCUGUAAAAUCAAUAUGCUUUGGAAUUGGUACACGAUAGAUGCAUGCUUCCUCUCGAGCAGCUGGCACAUCACAAGCAAGGGAAUGUUUGCAGCAUCGUGCAUCGGCGUAGUGUUCCUCGUCAUCAGUCUGGAACUCCUGCGAAGGAUUAGUAAGGAAUACGAUAUGUCCAUUUUGCGUCAGUUCCAGCAAAACACGGCCUCUCAAGAGCUCGCCAACAAAAGUCGCAGCACGCCAGAAGGCUGUCCCUCGCAGCCGAGAGUCGUCGUCUUUCGGCCGUCUCCCAUCCAGCAGCUUAUCCGGGCAGUGCUGCACGCAGUCACCUUUGGAGUCGCCUAUAUCAUCAUGUUGCUUGCCAUGUACUACAAUGGGUACAUCAUCAUCUGCAUCAUCGUUGGUGCCGGACUGGGGAAGUUUCUCUGUGAUUGGGCUCCGCAGAAGAUACCCGUCGGCACUGCUUUUGAGCAGCAGGGAGAUGCCGCAGAAGAAGGUCCGACCAUGUGUUGUGGAUGA